CUCGUCAGUUGUUUCGUUACUCUCGCAGCUGAUUGGUUGUUGCGUUGUUACUGCCGAGACUUAUCACGCCAUACAACAACAAAAAAAACAACGCUCUCUCCCUUUCGCUCAUUCUCGUGGUCACUGUGUCUAUUCUCCCAAUGUUGUGUUUCCGUCACGGAGCUCUCCCAUAUAAUAUUUCAGCAAGCUGUUGAUUGGCAAAGAGGAAAUCCACACAUUCAGUUUUGUUGAAUGGAAAUCUUAUAUAGUUGCCGCACGUGUGGGUCAUGAUUCUCGCUGCCCACUGCAACAUGUCUGAAGAAGCCGAAGAAUGGAGUAGCAGGUUGAGGUUUGCAGGUGUAUGUCAAACAGGGAAUAAUGUACCUGAUCUCAACCUGUCUGACAAUCUGCAAGAAACAACUGAGCAGCAGCAUUACGAUGGUAUAAAGCAGAAGAGGAGGAUGCUGGAGAAGAGGGUUUCCUUUCCCUCGGACGAAACCAUGUUGGUGCAAAACCUAGAGCCCACAGUUCCUGACGUUCCAGAGUGUAUUGCAACUGAAAAUGAGACCGAUAUCAACAUUGUUGCUGCAUACACAUCGUCAUGUAAGAAAAAUGAGGCAGAACCUGUUGAGCACAUUAUUGAACAGUUAAAGACACUAGAUUUGAGUCGUCCACGUUCAGCCAGCUUAACGCUAAGAGGCCGCAACUUAAACUCCCAUGACUGUGAAUCACUAGAAGAUGUCUUAAAAAACGUACCUCUGAAACUUUUAGAUAUAGGAGAUGCCCACUCAAGUGAUGAUGGGCUAAUCGCGUUGUUCGACAUGAUCGAAUUUUACGAAGCUGCCACGCACGUAAGCAUCGCGUCCAACAAAAGUAUGACCAGCAGGGGAUGGCAAGCGUGCUGUCGCAUGAUCAAAAGGACCGAGUGUUUAGAAUGGCUGGACGCAGCUCAAGUAGGAUUAUCGGAACACAGCUCAACUUUAUUGGCCAGAGCUCUGCGAUCCAACUCUCGCCUGAGGGUCCUGUACUUGAACGAUUGUAGUCUCACCGGCAGAUCGUUGGCCAUUAUCGCAAGUUCGUUGAAAAUGAACCGCAAUUUGCGCGAGCUGCACUUGGCCGAAAACAAAUUAACGCCUUUCGACGCCUUACAGCUGGGUAUUCUUCUGACUGGAAAUUCGUCACUCCAGCACAUAGACUUGAGGAACAACGAAAUUUUAGAUAAAGGAAUGGGUUACAUAUGCGACGCACUACUAGACAAUGUUGGACUGAUCUCGCUUGUCGUCUGGAACAACGGCAUCACUCAAGAGUCUUCGCCAGCUUUAGUCAAAGUCUUGGCGACUAACCAGACACUACAAACGCUAAAUCUCGGCCAUAACAAGCUGGGGGAUGAUGGAGUUAUUAAUCUAAUUCCAUCUGGACUUGAACGUAAUCGUUCGCUAUUGCUACUAGGACUUCAGGAAAAUGGAUUGACUUGUCCGGCCAUCAUUUCCCUAUCAGAAACAUUGGCUACUGGAACGCAAUUGAAGCGAAUUGAUUUACGUAAAAACAGCAUUGGACUAGCAGGAUUGAUGGCGCUUGCUGCUGCUCUUAAACACUGUCCAACCAUCACCCAAGUCGAUUUAGACCCAGACAACCAAGAAAAUGUGAAUUCUUCUACCUCAUCACCUGAUCAGCAACAAUUGGAACAUAACACUGCCGAAUAUCGACGACUUAGUGAGGAGAUCGCUGCCCUCUGCACUGUUCAUGAUACGGAAGCAAACGACGGCGACACCCUGUCCAGCCUGCCCAGCGAUCUCAACAAACAAUCCACUAAUAAUGCAGAUGAGGUGGAAAUGGCAGAUGAUGUGGCCUCACGCAAGAUAUCGCUCACGUGUCUUGUCCCUCCGAGCGAAAAGCUCUUGCUCCUCCCAUUAAAUAACGAAGACGAUCAACAGCCACGUGUUCCUCGUAAACUACGCAGUCCUCUGCCCAGUCCCUCGCCCAGUCCGUCACCCAGUCCACUGCCUUCUCCUAGCGGGAGAUUCAAGGUUACUCGAGUGGAGCCGAAUAAUUCCCCUUUACCAUCUCCUCGUUCACGUUUCACGGUUACCCCAGUAGCUGUCGUGCCACGGGUUGAAGAAGUGUCAACAGAAAGCAGUGAAAUAGCAGACGUCCCUCCAUCUGACAGUGUGUUUUCUUCAUCUAAUAAUAAUUCUGCAAUCGAAACCGACAACAGUAUCGCCAAGGACGACAAAACCGCAAGUCCUGAUUAUACCAGUCUUAUUCGUAGUUCUCCUAGCAAAGUUAUCGUUGGAUUUGACGUACUAACCACCUGAAAGCCUCUUAAAUCUCCAAUACCGGUCCCUUUUUUUUAUGGCGUCACACAUCCGUACAUAGGAUCUGUUUACCAACAGAUUUAUAUUCUAUACAUACUUAAAAAACAAACACGAAAAUACCUUAUUUUGGAGAUGGAAAACAAAAACACAGUACCAAACCAAACCCGGUGGUUAUUUCAAAUGCAUUUUUUUUUCAGUUAUAUUCACUUUUUCUCUAUAACCCCCUGCCAUUCAAACAUCCCUUUUUCUCGUUGUUGAUGACCAAAAUAUCGCGAGUUUUUUCUCCCUUGUUACCGUUUGCAAUUCCGCCAAGUUGUUGUGCGCUUCCUCUUUUUUCCGUUUCUUUUUUUUUAAAAUGAAAAACCCAAAAAGAAAAAAACAGAAUUCUUGGGCGCAGUUUCAUAAUCUCCGUUCACUUGGAUGGUAACAAAUUUUGACAUCUUUUUUCCCUAAUUGUUGGUCAAUUUUUUUUUGGUGGGUAUUGAAGGAUGCGCAUAUUUUCUUGAAGUAUAGGCAUUUUCACUUUGUUUAGUGGAAUUGGUUAUACUCUUCGUGCCGGAGUCGCUUUUUGUUGUUCCAUUUCUACGGGCAUCAAAAAUUUGGGAUUGACGUCAUCACGCACGACUUUGUUUGUUUGGGAUCUUUGUUAUCUUUUUUUUUUAUCAUGAGUUUGCUCCUCAAUUUGGUCACCACAAACGGCUUGACAGUACAAAAACCCAAAAAAUAAAAAAAAAAUAAAAAUAUAA